CGGCGGUCCUAAAAGCGAAAGUAAAUAGUCCGACUCCGCGACAGUAAGUUUGUCUUGUAUCGAGAGCACACAGUUUGCAGCCUAAGAGAGACUCUCCCACUGCUGCUAGGAUGAGUGGCUCUCAGGAGAGAGAGGAGGCUGCAGGUCCCAGUACGAACCCCAGACUAGAGUCUGCUGCACACAGCUGUGUGCAAAAAAGCAGCAAACCAACACACUCUGAUGGAGGACUACAGACGCACAGACCUCCAUCUCCAGUGUCCAGCUGUGUGUCCAUGAGGAGUGAUCGGUCCAAGGGUGAUAUGCCCACAUUCAGCAGUGAACCAGUUCCAUCUGGUCUACAAGUACAGACGCACAGACCUCCAUCUCCAGUGCCCAGCUGUGUGUCCAUGAGGAGUGAUCGGUCCAAGGGUGAUAUGCCCACAUUCAGCAGUGAACCAGUUCCAUCAGGUCUAAAACAACAGACGCACAGACCUCCAUCUCCAGUGCCCAGCUGUGUGUCCAUGAGGAGUGAUCGGUCCAAGGGUGAUAUGCCCCAAUUCAGCAGUGAACCAGUUCCAUCAGGUCUAAAACUACAGACGCACAGACCUCCAUCUCCAGUGCCCAGCUGUGUGUCCAUGAGGAGUGAUCGGUCCAAGGGUGAUAUGCCCACAUUCAGCAGUGAACCAGUUCCAUCAGGUCUAAAAAUAAGACUUGCUCCCGAGGAGGGUGGUGCUGCCAGUCUCACUGAGGAACAACACACCAGCCAUGAAACAUGGAGGUGA